CAAAGAUGGCUGCCAUGAAGAAAGCACUGCUUGCCACUGUUGUCGCUGCUUUUGCAAUUUUCAUUGGACACAGAUUUCUUAAGUUAAAGGAAGUGACCCUUGCUUCCAGAGAAGUGCCUUUGAAACACCUCAACUGCCAUUAUUUGGAUAACAUUGAAUAUGGUGCUGAGGAUAUCACAGUACUUAAAGAUGGGCUGGCCUUUCUAAGCACAGGGUUAAAGUAUCCUGGAAUGCCUUCAUUCUCUGAUGAACCAGGGAAGCUUUACGUUAUGGACUUGCUACACCCAACACCAACUCCAGUGGAGCUGCAAAUUACAGGAGACCUUGACCUCAGUUCUUUCAACCCACAUGGAAUUAGUGUGUAUACUGAUGAAACAGAUGACUCUGUGUACCUCUUCACUGUCAACCACCCUCAGCACAAAAGCCAAGUAGAGAUCUUUCGUUUUGUGGAGGAUGACACGCUUGUACAUCUAAAAACUAUCGCCCACCCCCUACUCCACAGUGUGAAUGACAUUGUUGCGGUCGGAGCAGAGAGCUUCUACGCCACAAAUGAUCACUUUUUUACCAGUGAUGUACUUAGCUAUCUGACUAUCAUGCUGGGUCUUGCCUGGUGUGAUGUGGUGUACUACAGUCCAGAGGAAGUGAGGGUGGCAGCCGAUGGCUUUCUGUCCUCAAAUGGCAUCAACAUAUCACCUGACAAACGGUAUAUUUAUGUUUCAGAUAUCAUAGACCACGAGAUUGAUGUUUUUGAGAGACAAGAAGGGGAACAAUUAGUGUAUCUUAAGUCUGUAGCUGUUGGGUCACUGUGUGAUAACAUCGAGGUGGACCACAGAUCAGGUGACAUAUGGCUGGGUUGUCAUCCAAAUGGCAUGAAGUUGUCAAAGUUUGACCCUGAAGAUCCACCUGGCUCAGAGGUCAUCCGGAUCAAGAACAUUAACUCACAGCAACCAGUGGUGAGCCAAGUGUAUGCGGAUAAUGGCCAUGUGAUCAUGGCCUCCUCAGUAGCAGCUUCCUAUGAGAAGAAGUUGCUUAUUGGCACUGUUUUUCACAAAGCCCUUUUAUGUUACUUGAAAUAAUCUUUGUAUUCUGUAUCAAUGAUCACUACUGUUGUACAAUUUUUUAAAAAUGCUGUAAAAAAUAAAAAAUAAACAAAAUCCUGAUCUACCGUUUGUAAAA